AUGAGUCAUCCUGAACCACCAUUUGCUUCUGCUUCUCUUUAUGUUGGAGACCUUCAUCCUGAUGUAAACGAAACAAUGCUCUUUGACAUUUUCAAUGAUAUCGGUCCAGUUGUAUCAAUCCGAGUUUGUCGUGAAUCGUCCUCCAGAAAAAGCUUAGGAUAUGCUUACGUUAACUAUCAAUGUGUUAGCGAUGCUGAAAGGGCAUUGGAUACAUUGAAUUAUACACCUAUUAAAUCGACGCCUUGUCGUAUUAUGUGGAGUCAUCGUGAUCCUUCUUUAAGGCGUUCAGGAAAUGGAAAUAUUUUUGUUAAAAAUCUUGAUAAAGUGAUUGAUAACAAGGCUUUGUAUGAUACUUUUUCUUUGUUCGGGAAUAUUCUAUCCUGCAAAGUCGCUACAGACGAGAACGGUCUAUCUAAAGGCUAUGGUUUUGUACAUUAUGAAUCCGAAGACUCUGCUCGGCAUGCUAUUGAUAAGGUCAAUAAUAUGCAGAUUGAGUCGAAAACCGUUUAUGUUGGUCUUUUUAAAAAACGUUCAGAACGUCGCAGUGAAGCGGGAGAAAUCUUUACGAAUGUAUACGUUAAAAAUUUUCCUAACGCAUGGACAGAAGAAACAUUAAAAAGCAUUUUUGGUAAAUAUGGUGAAAUUACAAGUGUCGCACUUUGUCAUGAUCGCGCCAAUCGACCAUUUGCUUUCAUCAAUUUCGCGGAGCCAGCUGCAGCAAAAACCUGUGUUGAAAGUUUGCAUGGUAAAAAAACAACGUCUUCUGGGAUAGUAGAAGAGAAUGAUCAUAAAAAAACGGAUGUUGAAGAACCAAAACAAGAGAUUGACACGACGAAGGAAAAAGUAGAGGACAAAAACAUGAACCAAGAGGAGCAAGUAGUGACUGAAAGCAAAAAUUACAAAACACUUGAUGAGAAUGUAAAAGAAAAUGAUUUGAAGCAAGUGGAUAAUUUGGUAGAAGACAAACAGUUACAAGACAUUCCAUCCGAAUUAGAGAGUGGCUUGUAUGUUCAAAGAGCUAUGAGUAAAGCUGAAAGGAAAAGUCAUUUAAAACAAGCCAGCUCACCUAUGGGUUCAAAACAAAAACAGUCUCCUGUAAAUCUUUUCAUAAAAAAUUUAGAGCCCACUGUUACAGAUGAUUUGUUGCUUGAGGCUUUUUCUAAAUUUGGCACAGUGCUAUCAGCUAAAGUGAUGAGGGAUGAGUUAGAAAAUUCAAAAGGGUUUGGUUUUGUUACGUUUGCUUUUGCGAAUGAAGCAACGAGUGCAGUAACAGCUAUGCAUUUAAAUAUGUUUCAUGGAAAACCACUUUAUGUUGGAUUAGCGGAGAAACGUGAUCAUCGUUCUGCUCGAUUACAACAACGAUUUCGAGCCUCGAAUAAUGCAAUGCGUUUUGCUGCGUAUACUAUACCUUCUGCACAACCUACAGUAGCGCCAAUGAUGAUGAAUCAUGGUAAUAGUUUAACUCCUCAACUGGUACCAUUUCAUCAAAAUGCGCCGAAUGCUUCAAUUUAUUACGGAUCGGGAAAUAUUUCCAAUUUACAACAUCCUAUACCGGUUCACACAAAUGUAAGGAGUCCUAUACCUCAGAUGCCUUAUGUUGGAGGACAUCUUCCAGUGUCAGGUAGCACUGCUGUGUGGCCACAGCGUGAGGCAUUAGGAGCUAGUCAAUCGUUCGCGAAUACGACCUCUAUCCCAACAAGUAAUUAUCCGACCUACCCCUUAGCACAAGGUGUGGCGACAAAUGUAGGCAAUAAUGUGGGACUUCAUCCAAAUUUUACUUUCACACCACAAGCAAGAAAUAGGCAAGGUUUCGCAACAACGCAUGCAGAACCCUCAACGGUAACAUCGCAAUCUCAAGUGCAACACUUGACAACGGGGCUACCUCAAUCUGAUGUUAAUCUUGUACCAUCUAAAGCAACAGCUCUUUCAGCUCAAAUGUUAGCUACAGCGCAUCCUCAAAUACAAAAAAAAUUAUUAGGGGAAAAAUUAUUUCCAUUAAUACAUAAACGUCAACCAGAUUUGGCUGGUAAAAUCACUGGAAUGAUGCUGGAAAUGGAUAAUGUUGAAUUACUUUCACUCCUUGAUUCCGAUUCAAGACUUGAUGCUAAAGUCAAUGAAGCCUUGGGUGUUUUACGACGACACCAACAAGGACUUACCACUACUCAGACUACUAGUGCGUGCCAGGCGUCCACCCUCUCAACCACAAAACCCGGCACCUUACUCUCGGGGCCUUCCGUCAUUAACACAACGGAAAUACCUAACGCAUAA